GGCCAAAGAGGGUGGGAGCGCGUGCUGCUGGGAGUUGUCUGGAGGCCAGCGGCGCGGGGCUGGGCGCCCGCGGGCAGAGCAGUCAUGUCGCACAAACAGAUUUACUAUUCGGACAAGUACGACGACGAGGAGUUCGAGUACCGGCAUGUCAUGUUGCCCAAGGACAUAGCCAAGCUGGUCCCUAAAACCCAUUUGAUGUCGGAAUCUGAAUGGAGAAAUCUUGGUGUUCAGCAGAGUCAGGGAUGGGUCCAUUAUAUGAUCCAUGAACCAGAACCUCACAUCUUACUGUUCCGGCGACCAUUACCCAAGAAGCCAAAGAAAUGAAGCUGGCGAACCAGCUUUCAGCCUCAAGCUUUACACAGCUGUCCUUACUUCCUACCAUCUUCCUGAUAGCGUGAUUAUGUUGCUUUCUUAUUUCUCACUCUGAUAUUUAACGGAUGUUCAAUACACUGUUUGAAUGCGCUGGCACCUGCUUUGCUUCCUGAGCGGAGCCACCAAUGCCACAGCCCUGUCAGAUGAGUGUGACCUCAAAGCCCGACUGUGCUCUGUAUCCAGCAGGCCAUAUUUGCCAUCUCCCGAAAGCAUGUGAAAAUCAGAUCAUGGCUGUUACAGGGAUGGUGCGAAUUUGCUGUUGUGGUUUUUACUGUUGGGUAUUGUAUUUAUGGUGACUUAUUGGUUUAUGUUUCAAUGUAUUGGAAACUUUCCAUUUUAUCUGACAAAUCUCUUCCAUAUUACAAACCUUGAUUAAAGGAAGUUUUUAUAAUCUAAAACUGUG